AUCUACAGGUGGCUUAGAGUUUCACCUUAGUACUAUGUAGUCUACUUUUGAUUCCUUCAGCAGAGACAGGCUUGUAAGGAUUUCAGUUUGAGUGUAUCUCAAUUCAUUGGUUUAAUCUGAAAGGGAAUAGGAAGAAUCAAGCAAGUUUUAAUCUAUUUUAAGAAGAUCACAGUGUGAAAGAUUAAGACUGAAAAUAAAUAGAAAGAACAUACAAGCCUGACUUUGUGAAGCUUGUUUUCUUUUAAGAAUGCUUGACCAGUGUUUUGAGGGGAAUAUUUUGCUGAGAAAGGUUAAAAAUUGUGUGAAAAAAAUGCUGAUUAAAACAAAAUUUGUUUAAUUUCUUAUAUUUUUUAAGAAUAUUUUUGGGGCUUUUUGCCUUUAUGAAGAGCAAGUGAGGACAGGACAGUGAAGAGCGAGACAGGAAGUAAGUGGGAGAGAGAGAUGGGGUGGGAUAGGGAAAUGAGUGCAGGUCGGAUUCAAACCUGGGUCUCCGGUUUCAUUUCUUAUUUAUCACUUUCUUUUUUGUUGCCUCCGUGAAAUCUUUUGUUGUCUUAGAUUUCGUUUCCCAUGAUACUGGGUGGAUAAUAUUCCCUCUGUGGCCAGUACAGUCCAGUGUCACAAACCAUGAUGGAUUCCUUUCCAGUGCCCUGCCGCCACAGAAGCCUCCCGGUGGAAACGGAUGAGGCCAUGACCUCGUCCUCGCUGAACCUGGCCUGGUCAGCCUGCCAGCAGUGCCUCGAGCCCAGGCAGCCUUCACAGGCUCCGCAGAUUGCCGAUGAGUGGUCGCCGCCCCCCGUGACAAUCAACGUGUGCGGAGUGGAUUACCCAGACGAGACGGGUCUGGAACUCUCCAUGGACCUCUCCUCGGCCCCAGGGGUCCCCGGCAUCAGCUCCUGGAUGGACAAGGUGCCCAGAAAAGACUCCCCAGUCCGGAGCUACUACAGACCUCCUAAGGAGCCCCCCAGCCUGGACCCUGGCAGCCUGGAGCCUCCCCAGCCUCUCCGCUCCGACACCAACCCUGUGUGCCUGAGGCCCAUGCGCUGCCACUUGCCCUGCUGUACUAACCCCAUCCCACCUCUGUGUCAUCCUGCGCAUGGGAUCCGCUUUUCCCAGCCCUGCCCAUGCCUGCACCCAGUCGAUCCAGCCCGACAGCACUUCUGCCCAAACAAAGAGCCUGUACAAGACCCACUCCACCAGCCAGACCUUAAUAAAAACACUACCCCUGUCAGAGAAGUUAUGACGGAGCUGUGCCCCACACCCUCACUACCUCUUGCCCCAAGUCACAUUCCAACACAGGAAAUGAGAAAGACCAUCAGUCUACCUGAUAACUGCCGAAACCUUUUCAUAACAUACUCCAUAGACACAGCUGAGGAAAUUCCUGCAUUUGUGAGUUUCUUGAUGACACAGGGCUUUCGUCCAUAUAUUGAUAUAUUUGACGACCCUGUAAGAAGACUGGAUAUAAAUAAGUGGAUGGAUAGUUUUUUAAAAGAUAAAUCCGUGUUGAUUAUCAUGGUCAUCAGUCCCAAAUACAAAAUUGAUAUUGAAGGUGAUGGCUCAGAUGAACAUGGACUGCACACCAAGUACAUCCAUAGUCAGCUACAGAAUGAGUUUAUUCAGCAGCGCUGCCUGAAUUUCCGACUUGUCCCAGUGUUGUUCUCAAGUGCAACUCGGGACCAUAUUCCCAUCUGGCUGCAGAGCACACGCAUCUACCGAUGGCCUCAGGACAUGCAGGAUCUGCUGCUCCGCCUGCUUCGAGAGGAGCGCUACGUCGCCCCACCCAUGGGGAAGGAGCUCACCCUCACCAUCAGACCCAUCUGACACACACAUUUGUGAACUCAACUGACUAGCUUAGCCUAAUGCAGUGAGGCUAUUCAUUGAUCCACGCCACUGGGCAGGGGCCAUUGUGGAAGUCUCAGCAUGAGGUCUCACUGUUUUUCACCAAAGAUCAAAGACUCUGUAAAUAAUAUUCUAUGGGUUCUAAUUCCUCAUAAUGACAAUUCCUGAUUGAGUCUGUACAACACAAAGGGAAAAAGGGGACAUAAAAAAUGUCAACAUUUAGCCACCGGAGGGCAAUGUGGACUACAUAUUCUUGUACUCAAGAGGGUGCUGCUUUGCCAUGUACUGUAUGUAUGUGCUUUGCACAUGUGCAGAUGCCUUGCUGGUAGGUGAAAAUGCUUAUUAAAUGUCUAAUGUUCUGAAAAAUUCGGGUUGACCAUUUGUAUGGCCUUGUUGAACACUGUCCUGUGCACUCAAUAUCAUGUAGGCUACAUUAAGGCUAAUGCAAUAUUUGGAAUUAAUUAACAGUUUUAUUUUUCUCACACCAGAAAAAUAAUCAAGAAAAAACAAAGCUCAAAUGACAAGGAAAAAUCUCUCCAUCACUUUGCCAAACAUGUAUUCUCCUUUAGGCAACUCACUGAACAGCAUACCUAAACAGCACGCUUAAGUUUAACCACUUGUAGGCAAAUAAUACCUGGUGAAGGAACGCACAUUUACAGAAAUCUAGUCUGAGAUGUAAUGUUUUAUAAUGCUGAAAAUGUUAGAUGUACCAUAAACUACACUGUGCAUAUAGGCCUACUGCGCUCACAGCAUCUCUCUGAUGCUUUGUUCCAAUUCUGCAUGAGGCUUCCUGUCUUAGUAAAUCAUCAGGUUUUGUUCUCCCACUAUGGGUUCUUUAUAGUUCCACAAACCUUAUCAGUCUUCCGGAGGCCGGUAAGCAAGGUAAACGCUGAGAAACCACUGAGGAGAAGAGGAGAAGUCUCUCAAAUCUAGCCUACUUGGUCAGGCGAAUGGAUGCUGUCAGCUUAUCAGCUUGGAGUGAUUGAUAACCCUAUAAAAACAGAGCUGCGACCCUUGAUAAGAAAUGCAUUUUGUCAAAAGUUCAGCUCCACUCUAAAGACACAAAGAAAUAUCAGUUGUGAUUAACUCCUGGUCAUUACUCUGUGAGGUGCACAGUCUACAUGGCAGAGCACAAAAUAAACUACUAGAGCUGUACUUGAUAGGCCUACUUGAUACAAGGUCAAAGAAAAAUGGCUCAGACAUCACUCUUAUUUACUGAUUGUAAAUAGUACAUUUCAUAUAAGGGAACAUUGUAAUACAAUUAAAAUGAUAAUAAA